AAAAGGCACUGUUGUUACAAGUUGGUUGUCUGUUUGCUUCUUCGUCGCUGGGAUUUGUUUGUAAUGGAGUAGUAAUAUUGUGAUAAAGUAUGCCAUUCGAGUAUAGUUUUUAAUUUGUAUUAAUAGUCAAAAUUUUAAUAUACUUAUUAAGCGUUGAGAUUUUGGUCAAUUAGUGAGAUAUCUGAUUUUGCAAUAAUGAAGUCAACGUAUCAUGAUGAAGGUGCUUGUGAAGAAGAAGAAGAACCCAAACAUGUGAAUUCUGGCCCUAAAAAGAGUAAUAUUUUACCCUUAUGGGGGAAUGAUCGCACUAUGAACCUGAAUCCCCUUAUACUAACUAAUAUUCAGUCAUCUCACUACUUUAAAGUUAACCUGUAUGAAUUAAAAACAUAUCAUGAAGUUAUUGAUGAAAUUUACUAUAAGGUUGCCCACCUUGAACCUUGGGAAAAAGGAAGUCGAAAAACAGCUGGCCAAACAGGCAUGUGCGGCGGUGUCCGUGGAGUUGGUGCGGGUGGUAUAGUAUCUACAGCAUAUUGCCUCUUGUAUAAACUAUUUACUCUCAAACUGACUCGGAAACAACUCAAUGGACUCAUCACCCAUCCAGACUCGCCUUACAUCAGAGCUUUGGGAUUUAUGUACAUAAGGUAUACACAACCACCUGCGGAUCUUUGGGAUUGGUAUGAUGAAUAUCUUGACGACAACGAGGAACUUGAUGUCAAGGCUGGGGGAGGCCAAGUUAUGACCAUAGGAAAUAUACUAAAAAACUUCCUCUGUAAGUUGGAAUGGUUUUCAACACUUUUCCCCAGAAUUCCUGUUCCCAUUCAGCAAAAGAUUGAAAAAAAUAUGACAGCUAGGUAUCCUGCUGGUAUGAGUCAGAAACCUCGAGAAUCAGAAUCAGAAUCACGAAUUAGAGAUAGAGAUGCUGAAUUCAGGAGAGCUACUGAGAGGGAUAGGACCAGACUUUUAGAUGAUAGGAGGCGAACUCCUGAGAGAAGAAGAAGUAGUGAAGAAAGGCGUGGUAGAAGAAACAGCGAGGAAAGGAGAAAACGACAUAGCGAAGAGAGACGAAAAAGAAGUAGUGAAGAAAAAAGAAGGCAUAAUAGUAGCAGUGAACAUCACAGAAGGGACCGUAGUAAGGAAAGUCACCAUAGUAGGCAUAGGAAUAGGAGUCGAAGCAGGCAUCGACAUAAGCACUGAUUGAUUUUAAAAGAAGUUAACAACAUUUCAUACUUGUAUAAAGAAGUUCAGCCUGCUUGAAAAUAUGUGAACUAUAAUGAAAUAUAUUUGAUUGAUUUUUGUAAGCAAAGAAAUUUUGUAUUUCUUUUAAAUUAAUUAACUAAAUUUUCCAUUUACAAAGUAUUAGGUUAAUUUUACAAAAUAUAUAUAUUUAGAAUUGUACAAUUGAUUGUAAUUGUAAAUUAUUCUAAAUGAUUGUUUUAUUAAACUGCUGUUAUCUAAUAAUUUUGUAAUUUUCCCUCCAUUGUUUUAUCAUGAUAUAUACAUUACUUGUGUAACAAAUUAUUGUUUUAUUUUUAGUUAUAUAAAU